UAUACAAUCUUGUGAAUACUUUCGUCAUCUUGAAUUAUUUCAAUCAAACAUUUUCUCAGUAUUUCAGAGUUUUUAUUAAAUUGUUAAUAUAAUUUUAAACUUUCACUAGAACAUAUUGACUUAGUUAUAUUGAUAGCUAUUAUUAUAUUAUGUGACUGUGAUCAAGGCCAAAAUGAAAUCCACUUUCUUUGACUUCGCCAUUUUUUCAAACAAAAUAUUCUUAUACUUUUUAACUUGUCCUCUUUUCUUCCUUUCUUUUCUUUCUUCCUCUUUCUUCCUCUUCUCUUACUCUAUGUAUUCAAUCUUUUCUCGCUUAUCGUCCUCUCUUCUUUCAUCAUCAAAUUAUAACUUGCUGGCCCUUCAACUCACUUUAAAUCUCACUUACUCUCUCUCCCUCUCAUUACGUUUCUCUAACGAAGAGCAUAUGGCAAUGGUAAACCCACCGAUUGAACCUAACUUUUUCUUCUUCUUCUUCUCUGGUCUCUCCCCUUCUCUUUCUUUUUCUCUUUCUCUUUGUCCCCCUAUUUUCACUUUGGCCUUCGGUCGGUUGUUGGGUCUACUUUAUCUUUCUCUACUCUCCUCGCGAUCAAGUUACAGUUGUUUGUCUCUUUAUCACAAAGUAAGAAAGCUGGAAGAGAAGGCAAUAAGAAAGUAACUUCAGGUUUUGACCUGACUUAAGUCUGGACAAACGUCUUCAGAUGUAAGAAGAAGGAGAAGAAGAAGAAAUGAGAAGAGGGAAAAAUAACAAAGAAAGGGAAGGACGCGGGUAAAGUAAUCAUCAUAAAUACAGAGAGAAUCGUUGCCUAGAGGUUAAUGUUAUUGAAAAUGUAAAUGCGAAUGAAAAGGUUGUUGGAAUUUCGACCUUUUUUUCUUUGGUUACAAAAAAAAUACAUUUUACAGAGACACAUAAGAGCCAGACAAUGUUCGUAAAAAUGAAAUCAAAUAGGAUCAGAAAAAGGGUCAACAAAAUGAACAAAAGAUUUUCAUUUGAUUGAAGUCUCGUUCAAAAUCCUUUUCAAAAUAUUAUUCACUCGUUUUGAGUUGAUUUCUAUUAUUAAUAUAUCUGUCUGAUAGGCGUUUAUUUAUGUCUAUAGUUGAGUAUUUUAAGAAAGUUAAUUAUUGAUUAAUUGUCUAGAUUUUUAUUUCCAAUUAACAUUGAAAACUUAAAAUUAUUAAGAAACAGGAUGAAAAUAAUGAAAAGAUAUAAGACUAGACUAGUCAAGAUGAGGCUUAAAUGGUAUAUAAUGAUCAAUGCUAUUCCAACGCCAUUUUACAAUGAGUAUUCAAUUACAUAACAAUCAAUUAAUGAUCAGAUUUAUUAAGAAGAUAUGAAGAAAGAAGAAAAGGAAAGGAAAGAAAAAAUGAAUUGAAAUAUGAAGAGAAUAAGAAGAAAAGAGAAGAAGAAAGAUGAAGAAAAGACAAUAAUAAAGAGUGAGAACGACAUGAGUGUCUCAUAGAUAUAAGACUAUUUUAAACAAACCUUAUUUAACUUACGAAGACACAACUAAAAAAAUGAGAUAAAUUUUAAGCGUUAAGCGUGGGAGAGAAUUAAAUUUGAAAUGAAAGAGAAAAAGAAACAUGUUAAAUGAAGAUAAAGAUGAAGAUGAAGAUGAAGAUGAGCUUGAGAAAAAAAGGCCACCAGAAAAAAAAGAAGAGGAUGAUGAAGAUGACGGCGAUAAUUUAGAUGAUGAUAGAGUAAUGCUUUCUUUAUUUCCUGUGAGUUUCAGUUAUCCGGUUCAAAAGAAAUUCACUGAGAAAAUUGAUCUGAAAUAAUCUUACUCAAGAUGGAUUAAAAAGAUAUCAAAUAAUCUAAGCUAAUCUAAAUUUCAUUUUAUUUUUAUUUCU